AGCGAGUGCGCGCUCUUCCUCGCCCGCCGCUAGGUCCAUCCCGGCCCAGCCACCAUGUCCAUCCACUUCAGCUCCCCGGUAUUCACCUCGCGCUCAGCCACCUUCUCGGGCCGCGGUGCCCAGGUGCGCCUGAGCUCCGCGCGCCCCGGCGGCCUUGGCAGCAGCAGCCUCUACGGCCUGGGCGCCUCGCGGCCGCGCGUGGCGGUGCGCUCUGCCUACGGGGGCCCAGUGGGCGCCGGCAUCCGCGAGGUCACCAUUAACCAGAGCCUGCUGGCCCCGCUGCGGCUGGACGCCGACCCCUCCCUCCAGCGGGUGCGCCAGGAGGAGCGCGAGCAGAUCAAGACCCUCAACAACAAGUUUGCCUCCUUCAUCGACAAGGUGCGGUUUCUGGAGCAGCAGAACAAGCUGCUGGAGACCAAGUGGACGCUGCUGCAGGAGCAGAAGUCGGCCAAGAGCAGCCGCCUCCCAGACAUCUUUGAGGCCCUGAUUGCUGGCCUUCGGGGGCAGCUCGAGGCGCUGCAGGUGGAUGGGGGCCGCCUGGAGGCGGAGCUGCGGAGCAUGCAGGAUGUGGUGGAGGACUUCAAGAAUAAGUACGAAGAUGAAAUUAACCGCCGCGCAGCUGCUGAGAAUGAGUUUGUGGUGCUGAAGAAGGAUGUGGAUGCUGCCUACAUGGGCAAGGUGGAGCUGGAGGCCAAGGUGGAUGCCCUGAAUGAUGAGAUCAACUUCCUCAGGACCCUCAAUGAGACGGAGUUGACAGAGCUGCAGUCCCAGAUCUCGGACACGUCUGUGGUGCUGUCCAUGGACAACAGUCGCUCCCUGGACCUGGACGGCAUCAUCGCUGAGGUCAAGGCGCAGUAUGAGGAGAUGGCCAAAUGCAGCCGGGCUGAGGCUGAGGCCUGGUACCAGACCAAGUUUGAGACCCUCCAGGCCCAGGCUGGGAAGCAUGGGGAUGACCUCCGGAAUACCCGGAAUGAGAUUUCAGAGAUGAACCGGGCCAUCCAGAGGCUGCAGGCUGAGAUCGACAACAUCAAGAACCAGCGUGCCAAGUUGGAGGCCGCCAUUGCUGAGGCUGAGGAGCGUGGGGAGCUGGCACUCAAGGAUGCUCGUGCCAAGCAGGAGGAGCUGGAAGCCGCCCUGCAGCGGGCCAAGCAGGAUAUGGCACGGCAGCUGCGUGAGUACCAGGAACUCAUGAGCGUGAAGCUGGCCCUGGACAUCGAGAUCGCCACAUACCGCAAGCUGCUGGAGGGCGAGGAGAGCCGGUUGGCCGGAGAUGGAGUGGGAGCCGUGAAUAUCUCUGUGGUGAAUUCCACUGGUGGCAGUAGCAGUGGCGGUGGCAUUGGGCUGACCCUCGGGGGAACCAUGGGCAGCAAUGCCCUGAGCUUCUCCAGCAGUGCGGGUCCUGGGCCGCUGAAGGCUUAUUCCAUCAGGACCACAUCCGCCAGUCGCAGGAGUGCCCGCAACUGAGCCGCCUCCCACCACUCCAUUCCCCCGCCCACCGCCCACAGUCACAAGAAGAUUCCCAUCCCUGCCUCCCAUGCCUGGUCCCAAGACCGUGAGACAGUCUGGAAAGUGAUGUCAGAAUAGCUUCCAAUAAAGCAGCCUCAUUCUGAGGCCUGAGUGAUCCACGUG